GCACUUCACUAGCUGGUCCUGCAACCUGCACUGCCAACCACCCUCCUCACACUUUCACCUUGGUCUUAGCAGAGGCACGCGACAACUAAGUUUAACACCAACUGGGGGGAAAAAAAACCAGCAGCCUCUUCUCUGGAGCGAGACGAAUCAAGGAGUCCAGUUUAGAGUUGACAUCGCUGGAGCGUCGCUGCCACUGUUGCCAUGGACGACACAGCAGAGCAGAGCCACUGGAUCUCUCCGGUUCUGAUCGACACGCUCCCCACCUUCCCCGAACAGAACCUGCUGCAGCCCGCAGAAGAGCCCGACUCCUUCUACACCAGUGGGGAGACAGACUUCUCCUCCCUGCCUCCCUACUACUCCAGCCCGGCCCAGAGCCGAGCAGGGGGCGGGUAUAGACACUCUCCGGUACGGCAGGUCUACUCCUCCUCAAUCCUCAACAACCUGCAGUGGCUGGAAGGCGGUGGUCAUGGGCUGGCUUCUCCUUACAACACAGCCUGGUCAGCCAGUCCCUUCAGCAAGCCCUCUCUCCACCCUCACUGCAGCCCCGCGGGGGGCCCCCUCUCCCUGUACCCCCCUUCCACCGGCUCCUCCGCCCACCUCUACACCCAGCCCAAGGAUAUGCCCUCCUCCCCAGGCCGGGAUGGCAAGGCGAGCCCCAGACCUCUGGAGGCGAUGAAGGCUGAGCGACACAGCCCUGGACUAGGUGGAAGCAGUUUUCUGAGUCUGGGUUCCGGUCCCUCCCACACCCACUCCAGCUCCCUGGGACCCUACUCCCCAUACAUGAGCUCACCGCAGGAUUACGGAACAGGGGGUCUGUAUUCCAGCUCUGGGGGGGUCAUGUCUCCGAAUUUCUCUCCCAAGCUGCGCAACAAAAUCAGACUCUCGCCACCCGAGGCGCGGGAAUGUGUGAACUGCGGGGCCACUGCCACCCCCCUGUGGAGGCGCGACGGGACGGGGCACUACCUUUGCAACGCCUGUGGGCUCUACCACAAGAUGAACGGGCAGAACAGACCCCUCAUCAGACCCAAAAAGAGACUGGUGUGUACCCAUCGGGAAAGGAGGAGGAAGGAGGGGGGAAGAGGGGGCUGUGCUGUAACCAGCAGCCACAGCACCUCAAACACGCUCUCCUCCGCUCUCAGCACACAGGGCUGUGCUGUAACCAGCAGCCACAGCACCUCAAACACGCUCUCCUCCGCUCUCAGCACACAGGGCUGUGCUGUAACCAGCAGCCACAGCACCUCAAACACGCUCUCCUCCGCUCUCAACACACAGGGCUGUGCUGUAACCAGCAGCCACAGCACCUCAAACACGCUCUCCUCCGCUCUCAACACACAGGGCUGUGCUGUAACCAGCAGCCACAGCACCUCAAACACGCUCUCCUCCGCUCUCAGCACACAGGGCUGUGCUGUAACCAGCAGCCACAGCACCUCAAACACGCUCUCCUCCGCUCUCAGCACACAGGGCUGUGCUGUAACCAGCAGCCACAGCACCUCAAACACGCUCUCCUCCGCUCUCAGCACACAGGGCUGUGCUGUAACCAGCAGCCACAGCACCUCAAACACGCACUCCUCCGCUCUCAGCACACAGGGCUGUGCUGUAACCAGCAGCCACAGCACCUCAAACACGCUCUCCUCCGCUCUCAGCACACAGGGCUGUGCUGCAAGCAGACCAGCGUUUGGGCUCGUAUCGAAGCAUAUCAGCACACCCCUAUUGAACAGCCCCUCUCCCCUCUCCCCCUCCCAGGUGAACAGACCCCUCACCAUGAAGAAGGACGGCAUCCAGACCCGAAACCGGAAGGUCUCCAGCAAAUCUAAGAAGAGCAAGAAGCCGUCCGAGCCGUACCAGGAUCUGGCGAGGGCUCUCUCCGACGAGAGCAGCCCCUACUGCCUGGGCCCCGGGCCCCUCCCCGGCCACAUGAUCCCCUUCAGCCACGCUCCCCACAUAAUGAGCAGUUCCCACAGCCCCCUGCACCUGCAUUCCUCCGGCCUGCCCUAUGGUCACUACCAGUCCUCUGGCAUGGUCUCUACCAUGGUGUGACGGGCAGACUUUCUCAUGCUUUCCAAAGUGUGUGUGUGUAGGGGUUAAACAGCUAUUCAGAUCAUAUGAUGGUGUAAUGCAAUGGCGCUCAAUUCAGUCCACGAGAUUCAUUUCAGUCCUGUUUAUAAUGAAGCACAUCUUAAGUGAUGUGGUGUGGUCCAGUGGGUUAAAGAAACAGGCUUGCAGCCAGCAGGACCCUGGUUCAAAUCCCAGCUCAGUAGGGUAAGCUAGUUCACACACCCUAGUCUCUGCCUUGGAUAAAGACAUCUGCUAAAUAAACAAUACAAUACUUAAUGGCCUCUUAGCAGUUUCCAUUAUCUCACUGUAGAACCAGUUUGAAAUAAAACCUCUCUGGAUCAGAAUUGAGAACCACUGGUGUAAUGAAUUUUUUUUUUUUCGUAUAUGAGAAAUCAGACAGUUACUGAUCAGUCAAAACAUCAAGGAUGGAAAUGAAACUCCGGUUGCACAGCGGUUACAACCAUGCCAGGUUUUACUUCCAGCUUGAUCAGCUGCAGUGUAUAGGUGACAAGCUCAGGUGUGUCUGAUUAAACUCUAAAGCAAAACUAAGAAUGACUCUGACCGCUGUGCAACGGGAGUUUUCCCAGCCCUGAAACUCCUGUAUCCUGCUUGUGGGUGCCUUCUCCAUUCCCAGCUACGUGCUGUAGCUUUCCCUGUUUUCGCUGGCAGCCUGUCAGAUAAUUUGGAAUCAUCAAAGCAGAAGUUGCUCUGAAUGUGUGAUAUUGUUGAGAUGUGUUACAUUGGAAAUAUUUUUUCUAUGAAAAAAAAAAAAAAAAACCAAAACAUUUCUUUGUUUAGAUUUGUGAAUUGUGUGGGACAGAGGGGGGCUUGUAGAUGUAUAUAUUAGUAAGCAUUGCAUUGGUCGGACUGAGCGACAAUUGAUUGUAAAUAACAAUAAAUAAAUGCUUUCCUUGAUGCAGCA